CAAGCCAUCUGUGUCAUCCCUCUGCACUGAAAGGAGCCGAAAGACCUUUCCUGGAGAUUUGACUGGGAUUACCACAGGAGAACAAUGGCUCAGACCAAUACUCAGCAAAGGUUCAAGGAGAAGAUCAGUGCCAUUCGAACAGUGGUGCCAAACAGAAGUAACAAUGAAAUAGUUCUAGUGUUGCAACACUUUGAAAACAACGUGGACAAAGCAGUUCAGGCCUUCGUGGAUGGAAGUGCAGUCGUGGUUUUGAGAGAGUGGAACAUACCAGGCAAAAAGAAGCACAACAAGAAGAGGAAAAGCAAACCCAAACCGGAUAGCGAGUCAGGGAAGGACGAGCGGGGACAUGGUGACCGACCAGAAACUGCAGUCGAACUCCCCAGGCCCAAAGGUGGGCUGAAUGGUUAUCAUGGCAAUGGGUCGGCUAACGACGGCUCCUCGGUGGAAUCCCUCAACGAGACACUGGAGACUGUUUCCAACCCGGAGAAGGAAACCCUGGAGCUAGCGUUGCACCGGCUACAAAUAACACAGAGAAAUAACACAGUCGGCCUCAGUCCUGAAGGUGAGAAGCCGCCCUCAGGACCAGUGAUUCAGUCAUUGAUCGAAGCUCCGAAACCUCAGCCAGUCACUCCAGCUAACAAGCCAAAGGCAAGAGCACCAUUUGGGUUCCAUGCAUCCACCACGUUCUCUCCAGCCACACCAGGAGACUCGACGUCAAACAAGAAGCGAGACUCUGUCGCCCUGAGUAUUUAUGGUAGUUUCUUCAGUGGUCCGUUUCUUAAAGGGGCCAUUGGUGUCAAGAAUUCUGUAUUUGCAAGGCAGAAACUCCAGUACAUGAAUGAAGAGUUUGUCAGAAGUCCUUACAUUGAAAAGUCGAUGAAAGACCUGCAGAGAUGUACAGUCUCGCUGGCCAGGUAUCAGCUCCUGAUCAAAGAGGAAAUGGAUGCUUCGGUGAAGAAGAUUAAGGUUACCUUUGGUGAGCUCCAGACCUGUAUCAUGGACCGAGAGGUAGCAUUAAUGUCAGAACUGGAUAAAAUCAAAAAGGAAGCCUUGGAGAUCCUGGACUCACGACAGAGGAGAGCUGAGGAGCUGAAGAGGCUGACAGAUGUUGCUAUCCAGAUGUCGGAAUCGCAGCUUGCUGAACUUCGAGCGGAGAUUAAGCACUUUGUAAGCGAUCGCAAAUACGACGAGGAGCUGGGCAGAUCAGCUCGGUUCACAGGCAGCCCUGAGAGCCUGGGGGCCCAGAUCCAACAGUUUGGAGAAGUCAAAAAGGAGCAAAUGCCAAAAUCCAGAAGGUUUCUGCGGAUAAACAGAGUUAUCAGCGUGGUGCCUCUUCCCUACAACGGAGAGGAUUCAACCCCAAAGCCCAAGGUCUUUGGUUAA